AUGUCGCGGCUCCUCCGCUCAUCCGCAGCGCUGCUGCUCCUGCUGGCCCUCGGCUGUGCCGUGGAAGCCGCUACCGUGAUCCAGCUUGAUUGCGGCCGCACCAACGCAGACCUUGUGACUGUGAACCGCAUCACGACGAAAGCCACAGUCAAGUGCCCUGCCAACUGCAAGGCUGCCGGAGGCACGAUUUAUGGCACGGGGACCUACACACACGACAGCCGCAUCUGCCUUUCGGCCAUCCACGCCGGUGCCAUCACAAACACUGGCGGUCAGUUCACGCUAUACUAUGCCAAGGGCCGCACCUCCUACACAGGGUCCACGAAGUUCACCAUCAAGUCUAACAACUACGGCACCUGGCCGCACUCCAUCAAGUUUGUCGGCCCAGCUCUGCAGCCCAGCAUUGACUGCGACAAGAACAACUACUCCCGCGACGUGGUCGGUGUUGGGCAGGGCGUGCUGUACAACCGCACCAAGCUCACGGUGGCCUGCCCCAAGAACUGCCUGGCUGCGGGGGGCACGGCAGCACCCCUGCGGCGGCGGCAGCGGCAGCAAGCCGUGGACCCAAACGCCGUGCCGCCGCCGCCGCAGGCAGCACCCCUGCGACGGCGGCGGCAGCAAGCCGUGGACCGAAACUCCGUGCCGCCGAGUCCCGUGGCUGUGGCCAACGCUGACGGCGGCCUGAUCACGAUCUACGACUUCCCCGGGCUGCAGUCGUACAGGGGCUCCACUGCCAACACCAUCAAAUCCUCCAACUAUGGCUCGUGGGGUCACAGCUACCGCUUCAAGCCGGUGGCCAACCUGACGUGCGCCAGCACGAACGCCCAGAACCUGCUCGUCAACGCCACCGUCACCAAGUCCUUCGCCGUGUGCCCCAUGAACUGCUUCUCCGCCGGCGGCAACAUCUACGGCUCGUCAGCUGCCUACCGGUCUAACUCCCGCAUCUGCCUCGCAGCGCACCACGCGGGAGUGAUUACCAGCAACGGUGGUAUGGUCAUCCUGCAGUACGUCAAGGGGCUGGCUUCUUACAAGAGUGUCACUGCCAACUUUGUCACCUCCAAAACAGCCGCCGCAUCCCCCAACGCCUUCAAGUUUAUCUGA